AAUAAGAGUAGUAUAAAACAUAAAAAGACAUAAAAAUGGGCAUAUGUGUAUAAACAUAUAAACACCUGUGCUACUUUACAAGUAUUUGGAGUUUAAAAAAAAUUUAUAUAAGCAAAAAAAUAUUGCGAGUGGUGGGAAUAUGUAGUAGGCAAAAGCAAGCAGAAGGCACAUGUAGGUUGAUUAAACGAGUAUAGUAUAGUAGAAGGGAAUAGAAGAAGAGUAUCAUGACGCAUACACAUUGUAUGAUUGUAUGGUAGAGUGGGUUUACGGCACUUGAACACACUUUAAAAUAAUAAAUGUUGAGUGUAGCAGUGUAAAGGCAGUGUAUACAGAGGACAGUGUAUGAUACAAGAUGGUAAGAGCAGCAGCAACUGCAGCAACAGCGAAAACAGCCACAGCAGGUUCAAUGGCUGGCAGAUAAUAUUAUGACGCAUGCGCAAAACUGGACAUUUGGACGAGCAAAAGGAAAUAAGAAUAAAGAACAAGGUAUAAGUAUAGAGUGGUAGAGUUGGAGAUGGUAACGAAAUAGAACGGACAAGAGAAUAGAGGUGAGUACGUGACUCAGAGUGAGAAAGAGGAUAGAGAGGCGCAGGCAGAAAAGAGGCAUGACGCCAUGUUUUGAUGUCGUCAUCCCCCCCCUAAAGUAAAACCUCUGCUGGUGUUUUUCGACAUUAAAACUUGGUGUUGUACUUAAUAUUUUUAAUUGUUUAUAUUGUUUUAUUAUUGUGUUGUGUGGCCUACCCCCUGGAAUAUAUAUUAAACCGAUAGUUUAUAAAAUAAAUCCAAUUUUUAGUAAUUAAACUUGAGAAGAAUUUGGACACUGAGAGUCAGGUGAGCCACACAACUUUGCUCUGUCUUUUUCUCACAUAUAUUAAGUGUUACUAUAUUGCUGCUACAUACUACAUACUCCUGCUUGAUGUUGGGGAAAGCGAUCGCCGAGCGGGGGGGGUCCGCGAGCGUCGUCUACGUGGUUGUGGCAUCCUAGUGAACAACCGACAUUUAUAAUUAUAUUGUUGCUUAGGAUUACGUCACAACACCACCAUUUAAAGUUUUAUGUCUUUUAAUCCAAGUUACUCUACAUGAAAAUUAAUAUUACAACACAGUGCCUCGAAGUAUUAUCAUGGAGUUGCGAUUACACUCACCAGCGGGAGCGGAGCCCAUCGUUUAUCAGUGGCCACUCACUUCUGGAUCAGGCGCCGAUCGUCACGAUGGAGCCAUUGAUGUUGUCGAAACGAUGAGAUGGGUCUGUGAUGAUCUACCGGACCUAAAAUUACCACUGGAGAAUAAUAUUCUCCAAAAUUAUGACACCAGAGAUUAUGAUAGUAUGAAGGGUUUAUGUGAUCGUUUUAAUCGAGCUAUCGACAGCCUAGUGCAAUUGGAAAAAGGAACGAGUUUACCAUCAAUGAGAUUAAAUAAACGACCUAGCAGAGGAUUACUUCGACACAUAUUACAGCAAACAUACAAUCAGGCGGUAGUUGAGCCGGAUAAAUUGAACCAAUAUGAACCAUUUUCCCCAGAAGUUUACGGUGAAACUAGUUACGAGCUUGUUUGUCAAAUGAUUGACCAAAUAGACGUCACUGAGGAUGAUAUUUUUAUUGACCUUGGGUCUGGUGUUGGUCAAGUUGUUUUACAAAUGGCUGCAGCGACUUAUUGUAAAAUUUCAUUGGGUGUUGAAAAAGCUGAAGUGCCUUCACGUUAUGCGCAGAGCAUGGAAGUGAAUUUUCGAAAAUGGUUAAGUUGGUACGGAAAAAGAUGCGGAGAGUAUCGCUUAGUAAAAGGGGAUUUCUUAGCUGAUGAAAACCGUGAGAGUAUUACUAGUGCAACUAUAGUUUUUGUAAAUAAUUUUGCAUUCGGUCCAACGGUAGAUCAUCAAUUGAAAGAACGUUUUGCUGAUUUACGAGAUGGAGCGCGAAUUGUAUCAUCUAAAUCAUUUUGUCCGUUAAAUUUUCGUAUUACAGACCGAAAUCUCAGUGAUAUUGGAACAAUAAUGCAUGUUUCGGAGAUGACACCUUUAAAGGGAUCUGUCUCUUGGACUGGGAAACCAGUAUCUUACUACCUCCAUGUAAUCGAUCGAACAAAAUUAGAACGUUAUUUUCUUCGUCUUAAAAACAAUAGAAUGGGCGGACCAGACCUUGAAAACUCUGAUUCUGUGAUAAGUAACACUGCCAGCAAUAGUAGUAGUAGAAUAUCAAGUAGAGCUGAGCGAGGAGAUAGAGCUAAAAGAGAUUUAUCACGGCAGCUUGAAAGUCCUAAUAAUUCUGAAUUAAUUGGUACAAAUAGUGAUUCAGAUAUGGACGAUACUAAAACACGGCGUCAACCCUCGAAAAUGCGUAGAAAAUUGAAUAGAAAAACCGGUGCUGGUGCUAAUAAUAUUAGUAAUAUUACCAAUAAUAAUAGUAAUAGUACUGGUAGUAUCACACGAGCAACAAGAGGUAGACAACGAGGUAGAGGAGCUGUCAAGAAAGCUAAAACCAAAAAAGCUAUCAAUAUCUCUGGACUAGAUUUGUUACACAGUCAAACACUGUUGAGUACAUCACCACAAGCUAUUGGUAAAAAGCUACCUCCAGCUCCUGGUACUGUUGAGCAACAUCUUUCCUCGUUGUCAUUGUCAUUGCAAGCUAAUACCACAACUGUACAUGAAGAGCUUAGCAUACCUCCAGCACCGGCUGCAACUCCCUAUGCACUGCAAAUUCUUCUCGAUCAUUACAGGGACCAAUUUAUGGCAAUGUUGGAUUCAUUAAGGACGCCUGCAUACAAAGACUCGGUAAAUGACGAGCUGACUAAGGAGCGUGAACGUAAUUCAAAAUUACAGUCACGUGCAGCGCAAUUAGAAAAACAAAUAAAGGUAUUGAUUGAUGACAGUGUGGCAUUAUUAAAAGCAAGAAUGACAGAAUUGGGUAUUAAUGCCACUUCACCGGGUGAUUUGCUUGCAAAAGCUAAAGAAAUCGUACUGAGGCAUAAACAACUGCAAGCGAAAGCCAGUAAAUUACAAGCUCAAGUGUCGUCAAUGGAGACUGAACAAACGCGAUUGGCAACGCUCAGGCAUCAAGAGCUUCAUGAUAAGUACAACAACAGCAGUAGUCAUGAUAAUGCUAAUAAUAUUUCAAAUCCUCCUCCGGUACUUACACCAGAGUAUAUACUCAAAGAGAUAUCUGCAACGUUAUCGCAGAGAAAAAAAUUACAUUCUCAGGUAUCAAAAUUAGAGCACGAAUUAAAUCAAUUAGAACGUACAGCCAGUGAUAAACAAGCAGUAGCGAUAGCCCAACAGCAUCGUGAUGCUGUUGCUAAUAAAAAUUUACAUCAUCAUUCACAGCAGAACGGAAAGAGUCCACGUAAAACCCGUGAAGGACGUUCAAGGUCUCAGGAGUGGCCUGAUGUACCGGAUAUCGGUAAAAUACAAGAAAACAAUCCGGAAAUUUUAGCACAAAAAAUUUUAGAAACUGGUCGUCAGAUAGAAGCUGGCCGUAUACCUAACAGACUCAAUUCUUCUGGUGGUACAUCAAAUAUUAACAACAACAAUAUUAACAACAACAACAGUGAACCACCAAGAGUUAAUAAUUUUGAGGACCGCCUAAAGAGUAUCAUUACCAGUGUAUUAAAUGAAGACCAACAGAAUAGAAAUAAACAGCAGCAACAGCAACAGCCCCAUUCUUAUCAGUUACAAACUCAGCAUCAACAACAACAACAACAACAACAGUCACCUCAAUCCAGUGACUUUGAUCGUAAACGUACGAGUAGUAUACCGCCAAAUGUAUCAACACCCGAUUAUACUCAAGUUUCACCAGCAAAAUUAGCGCUACGUCGACAUUUGUCGCAAGAACGCCUUACGUGUCAUUUAGUACAGCCCGAUAGAUCAUCGUCAGCACCAGAUUCACGGCAGCUAACUCAUAAUAAUAAUAAUAAUAAUAAUGUUAAUAAUAAUCAUAUUACUAAUAAUAAUAAUAAUAAUAAUAAUAGUUGUAGUGGUAAUAAUGACAAUCGUAUUCCAUCGACCGGUACGAGUACUGGAUUACUCGGUACAAGAACAAUCGGUGAUCUCGUGAGCGGUGAGAUUGAACGAACGCUUGAAAUAUCUAACCAAUCGAUUAUUAACGCGGCAGUGGAUAUGAGUGCAAUGAUAAGACCCGAAACAGUUUAUUCCCCUAUUAGUAGACCUGCUAGUGCAGAAGGUGAAACAGGUCUUGCUACUUUGGCGCACGUUGCUAGUUAUGCACCAAAUUGUUCGGCUUCUGCAUCAACUUCAACUACAUCAACUUCACGUUCUUCUGUUUUAUUUACGCCUGCUUCUCAAUCCCAAAGAUAUACACCGGUUCAAUUACCGCGAGCAGACUUGAAACCUUACCAUGAAUCAUAUUUUGGUGAUAAUUCAACGCAGUUAAUAAAACAAACUCAACAUACUACGGUAUCUCAUCCAUCUCAGUCAUCAGCGUCAAAUGAUGAUUUACAGCCUGUGGAAGGUCUUGCAGCAUCGCUUCAUGCACGAAUAAUAAAUAAUCACAGCGACAAAAAUGAAUCUUCAAACAAUCGAAGAUAUCAACCGUAUCCACGUUACGUAAACAGUAGCAACAGCCACGGCAGUAAUGAUGGUAGUGUGCUCUCGCCUCUACAAUCACAAUCAGCAGUGUCUUUAGUUAAAAUAGAGACUAAUGUCUCAUCGGUGAGCACAAGUGGAGCACCUCUGAGUCCUCUUAUUGAACCACAUUCUAAUACCUCAACACCGCUAGUUGAUGAACCACACAUGACUACGCAGAGACAGCCCAGUGGGAUAAUAGAUGAAGAUGGUGAAGCAGACUGGCAAGAUCGCAUUAGUUCGGGUUUCGAUAGACUAGUUGCAUUUGCCUCAACAGAGCUUGACAAACGACGGAGGUCUACGGAAGGCGUCAACACAAGUCCAGACAGUGGAUUAGGAUCAGAUAGCGCAGUUAUUGGACCACCUCGAGUAGCACCUUCACCGGAUGAAGCACUCGGUCCACCGCGAACACCAUCUCCGACUAGUCCACGGCCGCCAAAUAAUUGUACCGCACCGAGUAAUAGUAGCAACAAUAACAGCAGCAGCAACAACAACAACAACAACAACAACAACAACAACAAUAACAAUAACAGUAAUAGUAAUAACAGUAACAAUAAUAACAAUAACAAUUCAUCGUCGGUACCGCUUAAAUAUCAGCGACAGUCGGAUCCCGAAAGGCAGCAUCAUUUUAAAAAAAAGUUUUUUCACCGCGAUUGGAAUAAUUCCGGUAGUACAAGUAAAUUUCGACCUAAAGGCAAAGAUUGGGACUGGAAUAAUUCCGGUAAUUGGCCCUCUAAUGGCGAACAAUCAUAAUAAUUUCAUAAUCAAUCAUGUUUCGUAACAAUAAUAAUCGUUUGUAUAAAAACUAUUGAAAAAACUUAAAAAAAACUUUAAAAAAAAAAAAAAAAACAAAUUUGUAAUAUCGGACAAGUUUUUUGGCCAAAUUUAUAGUGAUAGACUUUUUGUUUUUGUUUUGUUUUUUCUUUUUUUUAUAACAUUUUGCAUAUUUGAGAAUGAGAGAGUAAAUGUGACAUGUGCGUUGUUUAUCAUUAUUAUUACUAUUGACUAUUAAUUACACAUUAUAAUAAUGUAAAGUGAAAUUAAAAAAAAAAAAAUUAGUACUGCUACUUUGUACUACCAAAAUUUUAGUUAGUAUUAAUUAUGUCAAAAUCAUAAGACUUAUUAGGUAAAAAAAUUGAUAGGGAAAUUUGUAUGUUGUUUUAGUGUGAAGGUUUUUUUUUUUUUUUUUUUCUUUAAGAGGGACAAUAAUUUAGGUAUAAUAGUUAUUAUUAUUAAAACAUUUUCAUUAUUAUUAUUUUACCCUAACGAAUGUUUGAAAUGUUAUACUUUAUAGUGUACUAUUUACUUUUUUUUUUUUUUAUGUGUAAUUACUUUUUUUGAUUUUAAUAGACUAAGUUUUUUUUUUUUUCUUUAGAAAAUUGGUGAGUACUGUAGCCUGAAAAUUGGAAAUAAAUUGUGAAAAUUAAUAAUCGGAUAAAAUUAAAAUUACAAACAAAAAAAUAAAAAAAAAAAUUAAAGCAGUGGAGGAAAAAAAUGGGUAUGUGAUGAACAUUAAAGUAAUGUGAAUUUGUCAGUGAUGAACAUCUAGUUAUCAAUAUAUGUAUACGUGCGCUUGUUCACUCUUGGAUUUAACCGGGAUUAGAGAGACUGAAGCAAUGAUAGGUGGUAAACAACAUUACCAAGCCACUGUGUGUUCGUCAAAAGCUCAAGUGUUCAUAGCUGUUGCGCAUACUACAACAUUAUCAUUGCAGUAUGUUCUUAGCCAACAAUAUAUUUAUUUAUUAUUAUUAUUAUUAUAAUUAUCAUCAUCAUCGUCGUCGUCGUCGUCAUCCUCGUAAUUAUCUUUUACAAGAGCAUCCCGAGUGUCCAAGAUCAAAAUAAUGAUAAUAACAUCUUGGAAAGUAAAUUUAAUUAGGAAAAUGAGGUGUAGGGUUUAAACUUGAUCUCUCAGCGAAUGAAAAAAAAAAUAUAAUAAAAAUAACAUGAUAAACAAAGUAUAUGCAAAAAACAAUGCAGAUAUACAAUAAAUGAAAAAAAAAAAAAAAAAAAAAAAAAAACAUU